CCCGGGACUCUCUGCGGACUGGACCGGCGCGAACGCAACUUCCGGCCCGACGGAGCGGCGGCUGGAGCGGCUUGGGACAAGGCUCCCGGGCGUCGUCUUUGCGCGCGGAGCCAUGUGGCAGCUGCCGAGUGGCGCCCGCGCGCCCCUCCUACGAGCGACCCUAUCAGAUUCGUGGGCAGCGCUGCCCGCCCGUGCCGGCCUGAAGACGCUGCUCCCGGUGCCAGCGUUUGAAGAUGUCUCCAUUCCUGAAAAGCCCAAGCUUAGAUUUGUUGAAAGGGCACCACUUGUGCCAAAAGUGAGGAGAGAGCCUAAAAACCUGCGUGACAUACGAGGUCCGUCCACGGAAGCCACUGAGUUCACAGACGGCAAUUUUGCAAUCUUGGCACUGGGUGGCGGUUACCUCCAUUGGGGGCAUUUUGAAAUGAUGCGCCUGACAAUCAACCGCUUCAUGGACCCCAAGAACAUGUUUGCCUUAUGGCGAGUACCAGCCCCAUUCAAGGCCGUCACCCGCAAGGGUAUGGGGCAGCGCAUGGGCGGCGGCAAGGGUGCCAUCGACCACUACGUGACUCCUGUGAAGGCGGGCCGCCUCAUAGUCGAGGUGGGUGGGCGCUGCGAAUUCCAGGAGGUACAAGGCAUCCUUGACCAGGUUGCCCACAAGUUGCCUUUCCCUGCUAAGGCCGUGAGCCGUGAGACUCUAGAGAAGAUGCAGAAAGACCAAGAGGAGCGAGAACGGAACAACCAGAACCCCUGGACCUUUGAGCGCAUUGCCACCGCCAACAUGCUGGGGAUACGGAAGGUGCUGAGCCCCUACGACCUGACCCUCCGGGGGCGGUACUGGGGCAAGUUCUACAUGCCUGAGCGCGUGUAGCUCAGGAGUGGGAACCCGUGCUUUUGUGCCCCUAAGCCAGCCCUUCGGGUCUUUGGGUACCUCCGAUGUCAUAACCGUGGAGCGGCAUGUGAAAAACUGUACAUCACCUGUCGGAUUCUUAAGUGCAUUAUAUUAAAGUGUGAGCAUCAGCUCAAGAUGAUGUAA